AUGAAAGUGUCAUAUCUUGUUAUAGUUUUGUUGUUAUCUGAGAUAACGUUUACAUCAGGGGAUGAUCCCAAUUAUAUCCUUAUGGGUGGUUUUGGGGUUGUUUUUGGAGUGAUUAUGUUUGCAGCUUAUCAAUGGGUGGAAAUUUUAUUGCCUUUUGAUCAUACACGUUUGCAGAGAGAUUUAGAUCAAAAUCUUUACGGGCAGCACAUCGCGUCAGAUGUUGUACUCAAAGCUGUAUCAUCAUUUUUGUUUAGCAGUCAGCCGACCAAACAUCUUGUGCUCUCUUUCCACGGGACCACAGGAGUGGGAAAAAACCAUGUGGCAAAAAUCAUUGCGAGAAACAUGUAUCAAAAAGGAGAACAUAGCAGACAUUAUAUCAGUUUUACAUCAGGACAUCAUUUUCCACUCAAAGACCAAGUGGACAUGUACAGUGAACAUCUAAAGCAGCAGAUCGGAAGUCACAUAUCAAAUUAUCCUCUGACCAUGUUUGUAUUUGAUGAAAUGGACAAGAUGAAUCCAGAGCUGGCUGAAGCAAUAAAACUUUUUCUGAACUACGUACCUCAUGUAAAUAGAGAGUCAUACCACAGAGCAAUCUUCAUUUUUCUCAGCAAUGCAGGAGGGAAUAUGAUCGCCAGCACUGCUGUAGACUUCUUGAGUGCAGGGAAAAGCAGAGAAGAAAUAAAGAUGAACAGCAAAGGAAUGGACGCUCAGAUCCAUCAAAGCAUAUUCAGUUAUGAGAGCAGUGGAUUUUGGCAGCUGGUUGAUCACUUUGUUCCUUUCCUGCCUCUGGAACGAAAGCAUAUACGGCAAUGUGUUCUAGCUGAAAUGGCCAGUUUGAAAAUCAAUGAACAUCAACACGCUGAUCUGGCAGACAAAGUGGUCAGAGAGAUGACCUUCUUCCCCCCAGAGGAGAAAAUCUUCUCUGUUAAAGGCUGCAAGUCAGUCAGACAGAAGCUGAUGCCCUAUGUUGAUGACAAGAUAUGAGACUUUUCACUUUUGUUUACAUAGAUGUGCCAGCACUUGAAGACCCAUUCAGAGAUGUAUUCUUAGAUUUACUAUCAUUGUGUCUGACUAUAUUGAACUGAUUAUGCUGAUAAUAUCUGCUCUUUACACUAAUUUAAAUAGGCCUACAGUAAGUAACUGACUGUAGCUAAUGCUGCAAAUCAAUUGACAAGAUGAAAGAGAAAGCGACAUUUUAUUCCUUUUACUGUCAUCGUGUCUGAUUAACUGAUCAUGACAUGUUGUGAUAAUCUCUGUUAUGUACACUAAUGCAUCAAGUGCUGUCUUUUUCUUUAUCUUGUAAUGAAAUGAACAUCAUUGAAGACAGUAGAACACA